AUGGAUCGAUAUUUGAAAAGGAAGGAAUGUGUUGAGGUCGACAUUGAUAAUCUUUCUAUUGACCCUGGGCUUCAACCUUCUAUAUGGAAUUAUGAUGUGAAUCAUAGGGAUAGAGUUCGGCGAGCAUAUUUGGUGAAGGGUCCUUAUCAGCCAAAAAAUCAUAACUUCCCCCAAACAAUAAUAGGAAAUGUAGCUCGAAGGUUUAAUUCUAAAUGGUUUGAAGAAUAUCCAAGCUGGCUGGAGUACAGUGUACACAAAGAUGCUGCAUUUUGUUUAUACUAUUACCUAUUCAAACCUCAGGAGCAGACAAGUAUAAGUCAGGGUGGUGGUGAUUCUUUUGUUGGUGAAGGUUUUAAGAAUUGGAAGAGGAAAGAAAAGUUAUUAGCUCAUGUCGGGAAACAUAAUAGUGCUCACAAUAAAGCAAGACAGAAAAGUGUAGAUUUAAUAAAUCUUAAAUUACAGAGUGUUCCUACUUUAUGGCUAAGUAAAAAUGAUAAGAAUAAAAAAGAAUACCGGAUUCUAUUGUCUGCUACCGUUGACUGUGUUAGAUUUCUUCAAAAGCAAGGUUUGUCAUUUUGUGGUCAUGAUGAGGCAUCUGAUUCAAAUAAUAAAGGAAACUAUUUAGAAUUAUUUCACUUUCUUGCUGACCACAAUGAAGAAAUCAAGAAGGUUACAUCGUUUGAAACAUUGGCUUCUAUCAUAAAUGAUAUUGACAAUUCUUAUUUUUCCAUUCUUGUUGAUGAGACGCGUGAUGUAUCAACCAAGGAGCAGUUGGCAUUAGUAGUGAGAUAUGUUGAUAGAAAAGGGCAGGUUAUUGAAAGAUUUAUUGGUAUUAAACAUGUUGCUUCAACAAAUGCAGUAACACUUAAAGCUGCAGUAGAAGAAACACUUGCAAAACAUUCAUUGAGCUUACAUAAGAUACGUGGUCAAGGUUACGAUGGGGCAUCUAAUAUGAGUGGAGAAUUUAAUGGUUUGAAGGCACUCAUUCUUAAUGAUAACCCUCAAGCUUUUUAUAUUCAUUGUUUCGCCCAUCAACUGCAAUUAUGCUUAGUAGCUGUUACGAAGAAUCAUUGGCAAGUGAAACAUCUUUUUGAGUUUACUUCAAGAAUUAUAAAUAUUGUUGGAGCAUCUUGUAAGAGAUCAGAUACUAUGAAAGCAAUUCAGCAAGAAAAACUUCUUUCACAUCUUAAAGCUGGCAAUCUAAUAAGCAGCAGAGGUUUGAAUCAAGAGACUAAUUUACAAAGGUCAAGUGAUACACGAUGGAGUUCACAUUUUCAUACUUUAAUUAGUCUCAUAAAAAUGUAUGCUUCAGUAAUCGAGGUGCUCAAGAUCAUUAAAGAAGAAGGGCUACAGGUACUAACGGAGAGUGGAUGGACUGUUCUACUAGAUGAAGUUUCUCAUUUUUGUAGUGUUUUUGAAGUUAUUGUUCCAAAGAUGAAUGAAACAUACAAAACUCGUCUUCGAAUAGUACGAAGAGGUGAAGAAAUAACAAACCUACAUCAUUAUCAUGUUGAGCUAUUUUAUACUGUAGUUGACAUGCAACUUCAAGAGAUAAAUAAUCGCUUUUCUGAAUCUUGCACUGAGUUGCUUCUUUGUGUGGCAUGCUUAAACCCAACUGAUACUUUCCAAGUUUAUGAUGAGAGGAAAUUGAUACGUUUAGAAGAUGAUGAGUUCUCCUCUCUAAACAGAAUUGCCGAUCUUUCAAAGCAAAUUAUUAAGUUCAAGAAAGAUGAUGUGUAUCUGCUUGUUUACAGACUCAUUACUUUAGCAUUGACUUUACCAGUUUCUACCGCUGCAGUGGAAAGAGCAUUUUCUGCAAUGAGGAUUGUAAAACAUCGAUUACGUAGUAGAAUGGGUAGUGCUUAUGUUACUCAUGAGGAAAUGAGUGAAGAUGCUCGGAAUGACAAAGAAGGUUAUGGUCUAUGGAUUCUUGUAAAUUAUGGGACAAAGAAGAUAAAAAAUCAUGCCAGUAAGAGAUUUUAUCCCCGUUUAGUUGAGGCUGCUGUGAGCAAAGAAUCUGAAUUGGUAAAGGAAAAAGAGGCAGAACCGGUUAUUGCUACUAAUGCUGAAUCUAUUUUUGAACUAGUUAUGGGUGAUUUGGAUGCCACUCCUUCUCAGGAUGGUGAAAUAUCAAAUGUGGAGGAGGUGGUAUCUUUUGAGGCUUUUGAAGGUAAUGGUGGUCCUAUUAUUGUUUCUGAGAAUGGAGGAUCUGCUGAAGUUGGAGUGAUUAAAAAUAACAUCAAAUUUGAAGUUGUUUGGGCCUCCGUUCUGGCUUCUUUUGCUAUGGUGAAGAAAUAG